AUGGCGACUAUGUGUGCCACGGCAUCAUCGUCGUCAGCAACUCAGACAGCACUGAAUCGCUUCGAGAGCAAGUGCAAUGAAGAGCAGACACCAUCGUCGAGUCGCGCCCUGAAGGCUGUAGGCAGCGAUCUUCUUGUCAUCGUGGGCGAUUUCACCGCUCACGAUCACAAGGGCAACGCUGGGGAAAAACGCCUGCACUGUGCAGAGAAGUCUCCAGGCAUCUUUCACAUAGUAUGGGCAUGCCAGUCAACCCCUCGCUUUACCCCAAAACCGAGCCCGACCCGGGAGAACAGGGAGGCGGCCCUGCUCGGCUGCUCCGACCUGGCGAGCCAAAAGGCCCUGGUCGUGGAUUUUGCCACUGGUGAGAAGCUUGGCCCACGUCAGAUAGGUGAAAUCCAGUUCCUAAAAGGCGCGGCACGAGGCUACUACAAGCGACCGAAAGAAACAACCGAACUUUUCGAUGAAGAAGGCUGGUGCAAGUCAGGUGAUGCUGGUUACUAUGACGAAGAUGGUCGGCUAUUCAUUGUGGAAAGAGUGAAACAGCUGAUCAAAUGCAUGGAUAAUCAGGUGGCUCCUGCAGAACUGGAAGAACUCCUGCUUCGGGAACAUUCGGCUGACAUCGCGGAAAUAUCUGUUGUCGGCCUCUCACAUUCCGAAUAUGGAGAAGCUCCUGCUGCGGCUGUUGUGCUUACUCAUGAGGGGCGUAACAAAAAUCAGAAGCUUCUUGCAAAGGCCAUUGAGGCUACUGUGAAAGGUCAUCUCGCCGCGCACAAGUACCUCCAUGGCGGUGUCUUCUUCGUUGAUUCCCUGCCAAAGACGGAUACUGCUAAAGUCAAUAAGCCGAUGCUGUUGCGCUUAAUCACCCAAGAGCAGAUGUUCUCGUCUUGAAGGCCUUGAAGAACUAACUUGCUCGAGUGAACUGCA